ACGCUGGAAGCUUGAUCCGCCUACUGACAUCAGUCAUGUGUGUACCACCUACCUGACCGGCCGGUCAUCUUGCGCCGAGACCUAAAAUCGUAUCUCAUUGCUAACUGAAGGUAGUUGCCAUGAUGCUAAGGCCGCAGCAUCGGUACUUAUCCCAUUCAAAAGUCUAUCCACUGGCCACUCAAUAGACUACUUUUUUGACGACUAAGGCCAGAACUUUACACGGCUAUCGUCGCAUCUUCGAGCUCGAGGGUGAUUAAGGUUGCGCUCUUCAGAUGCAUCUCAGAUCAGAUCUGUUUUGCGUUUGUCAGCGAUCGUACAAAAAUGACAGCAUCUCAAUCUUUGUGUAACCUGGACCACGACGCAUCAAUAACUUGUAUACAAAUAUCAUGGCCAGCGAGAGAACGAGGCUCCUGAGCGAGCCGACCCGGGGUAUUGAACCAGAGUCUCUGGUACCGCCGGGCAAACAGCCCGAGCAUGCGCGGCCAGGCCGAAUCUUGGCCUUCGAUCUGACUCGCGGCCUCAUCUGUUUGCUGAUGGCCAUUGAUCAUACAUUCUUCAUCUCGGGCAAGGAACAUCCAACUGAAUCGUAUGAAGUACACCCGGACAGGACGCAUCUUUAUCUCAGCAGCUGGUAUCACUAUGGUCUACGAUUUGUUACACACACCUGCGCGCCAGGCUUCAGUCUGCUCAUGGGUCUCGGCCUUGUCUACUUUGUUGAAGCACGCAUCAAGAAGGCACAAUGGACACUCGCAAAAACCUUUCGCAAUAUAGUCAUUCGCGGCCUGCUCUUUUUGUUGGUUGGAUUCGUGGCGACGUUACCUUGGGCGCGCGCCAUGAAGGUCUGGGUUCUCAUCGAUAUCAUCGCCACACUCGGAAUCGACUUUAUAAUCUGUGGUGGGCUGGUCAUUCUGUUUGCUGGAAUCGAGCAGCGCGUGCAGAAGCGUUGGGUCAGUCAUGCACUGACCUUCUCUUUGCUGGUUCUUGCUGUCCUUGGCGCGUGCACAACGAUAUGGGUUGCACCUGCGCCAGGACAGAAGGCCAGCUCCGCUGUUAAGAUUCUCUGGAUGACAGGCCCGAGUGACAAUGGCUACCUCCUUUCUCGCUUCCCUCCACUUUCUUGGCUCCCGCUUGUUCUGUACGGAGCCUUCUUUGCUCGUGUCAGCAAGCUUCUACCAGCCCGACGGACAGCUAGUUUCAGCUUCAUCUUGGCAAUGGCCAUGCUGCUCCUGUUCCUUGCAGUGCGGGUUCCUGGUUCUUGGGGCAACCUGACGCCCGUGAAGCCUUCGUGGUUUCGCAAAGGUGUUCGCGAGUUUCUUUGGACCGACAAGUACCCACCAGAUCUGCCGUACAUCACCUUGUUCAGCGCCAUCAUUCAUCUCUUCAUCACCUCGUUCAGUCUCCUUCCCGGCGAUUUCCCGGGACAAGUGACAGUGGCAGGCCGGACCAUCGCAGGAACAAACCAAGUCCUGCUCGAUAUCGGCACCAGUCCGUUCGUUUUUUACUUUGUACACAUGUACUCUCUCAAGCUCAUGGGCGUCGUGUUGCAGGCAUUAAACUUGACCAAGACACCUGAAGAAUUGGGUCCGGGAUACACUGGCCCUGGUAUCGGUAAUGGCUGGGGAUUUUGGGCGUUAUACCUCGUCUUGGUUGCUUGGAUGUGGUUUGUUUGUCGAUGGUACGGUCGCUUCAAGGCCAGCAAAAGUGUUGAUAGUCCUUGGCGUUACUUUUAGGAGGUAUUCAGGCAGUCAUUUGGUGUACAUGUACUGGUACAAUCAAUGGUCGUAGGGCAGUAAUUUGAGGUGGUCCUGUCAUGUGCUGGACCUAAGCUGCUCUGGCAAGACGACAUAGACCGUCACGAUGAUAGACGAGGUAUCGCUUCAUUUCGGAGAUAGACAAAAUGAAACAGCUGCAGACUGACAC